AUGGUGAAGGAGGAAGGUGCUCGAGAAUGGCGACUUACAGGGAUGUAUGGAGAACCAAAUAGAGCCCUUAGAAGAAGAACUUGGAGCCUAAUUCGAAGGCUUCAUGAACAGUCAGAGCUGCCAUGGUGUUUGAUUGGAGACCUUAACAAUGUUCUCAAUGAGUGUGGCUUAAUAGACUUGGACUUAAAUGGUUAUCAAUUUACGUGGGAGAUGGGUUUCGGUACAAACAGAUGGGUUGAGGUCCGUAUAGACAGAGCUCUUUCUUCUCAUAGUUGGUUACACAUGUUCCCAAUGGCUGAGCUCUUCAAUCUUGAAUUUUCUACCUCUGAUCAUUCCCCUCUAUUGUUGGAUCCAAUUUUCACUCAAUCUAGCCCUCAAGAGAAAAAGUUUCGGUUUGAAAAUGCUUGGUUGAGAGAGCCAGUUUGUCAGCAAAUUGUUAGUGAUAUUUGGGAUAGUUGUAUCGAUAGGGAUAUUCUAGGUAAGCUGGCUCACUAUGGUCAGGUGUUGGGAAGUUGGGGAAAAGAAGUUACUGGCAAUUUCAACCAUAGAAUUCAUUUGUGCAAGAAGAAGCUUAGUCGGUUAAAAGGUAGAAGAGAUGUUGGGGCAGUACAAAGAUAUAAGGAGGAACAACAAAAAUUAUAUGAAGCUCUUACUCAAAAAGAGAUCUUCUGGAGGAAAAGAUCAAAGCAACUUUGGUUAAAAGAAGGAGAUCCAAAUACUAAGUUUUUCCAUGCUUGA